UGGUCACCUGUCAUGUCUUUACGACAAACAACACUGCGCUGCAAUAACGCCGAAAAGUAUAGCGUAAACCCCAUCCACAUGCGAUAACGAUUAGCUUCCAGCGCUUCGAUUGUUUUAUCACCGUGCACUUGUCAUUCGUGAGUGCAGGAACAGACUGGCCGCCGUUUACCGGCCACUCUGUAGUACAAUGGAUACAACUUUUACGCUGUAUUCAGACAAAGCCGAAGACGUCGCUACCUCCUCUAGUUUCCGCCUGUUUAAAAUAGAACAUUUUCAUCUCGAUCUUAAAGUGGACUUUGAGCGGAAAACCAUAUCAGCUACCGAAACAAUACAGCUGCAGUGCACUCAGGAUAGUCAGAGUGAGUUACAGCUGGAUAUUCAUCCAACACUGUCUGUGCAUGAGAUCACAUUCAGUCAUAAUUCGCGUGACUGGACCUCAACAGCAUUUUUGAUUCGAGACUUCACCAGUUAUGGGACAACACUGGUCGUGAAGUUCCCAACGCCUUUCAACUCAGAUGACAAACUUCAACUUGCAAUCAAAUAUACAGCUUCUGAUGGACCAGGGGUGUGUUGGCUGGAACCAGAGCAGACUGCGGGAAAGCUCAAGCCUUAUGUUUUUACUCAAGGCCAGGCUGUUCUCAACCGCUCCUUCUUCCCUUGCUUUGAUACUCCAGCAGUCAAGAGCACCUACUCAGCAACAGUUCAGGUCCCUGAUGGCUUCACAGCAGUUAUGAGCGCUAGUAAAUGGGAACAGAGGCAAGCAGACAGCGCUUUCCUGUUCACCAUGGAACGUCCCAUUCCAGCUUACCUGGUAGCUCUGGCAGUAGGGGACCUGCAGUCUGCUGAGGUGGGACCCAGGACACGUGUCUGGACCGAGCCUUGUUUACUGCAGGCAGCCAAGCAGGAGUAUGAUAAUGUGAUCGAAGAGUUCCUGUCUGUGGGAGAGAAACUGUUUGGACCCUACGUUUGGGGAAGAUAUGAUGUGCUGUUCAUGCCGCCAUCCUUCCCUUUCGGUGGGAUGGAGAACCCCUGCCUGACCUUUGUCACACCCUGUCUGCUGGCCGGCGAUCGUUCUCUCGCUGACGUCAUUGUACACGAGAUCUGCCACAGCUGGUUUGGAAACCUCGUCACCAACGCCACCUGGAGUGAUUUCUGGCUGAACGAGGGUUUCACCAUGUACGCUCAGCGCAGGCUUUGCAGGGAGCUGUAUGGAGAGGCUUAUACAUGUCUGGAGGCAGCCACUGGUAAAGCUCUUCUACGUCAACACAUGGACAACACUGGAGAGGACCAUCCUCUCAAUAAACUACGGGUUAAGAUUGAACCAGGUGUCGAUCCUGAUGAUACCUACAAUGAAACGCCCUAUGAGAAAGGCUUCUGCUUUGUUUCCUACCUGGCCCACCUCGUAGGAGAUCAGUCACGCUUUGACGCAUUCCUCAAGGCUUAUGUGGACAAGUUCAAGUUCAGAAGUGUGUUGGCAGAGGAUGCAUUGGACUUCUACCUGGAGUAUUUCCCAGACCUGAAAGAGAAGAAUGUCCACAAAAUUGAGGGUCUGGAUUUUGACAGCUGGCUCAAUGUGUCGGGUUGGCCUGCAUAUGUGCCUGACCUCUCUGCUGGUCAGGAGCUAAUGAAACCAGCAGAACUGUUAGCGGAAAUGUGGGUUGAUCAUAACCUAGACUUGGAAUCUAUCUGCAAAACUGAUAUCAAACUGUGGAAGACCUACCAAACUGUCUACUUCUUGGAAAAGAUCCUUGAGAAGUCACCACUUCCAGAUGGCCACAUAAAGAAGCUGGAGGAGUGCUACUCGCAUAUUAUUGAGUCCAACAAUGCCGAGCUGAAACUGCGAUGGGCCCAGAUUGUUGCAAAGAAUCAGCAUAAACCAGGAUUCCAACAUAUUCGCAAUUUCCUCACAAGCCAGGGGAAACAGAAGUACACAUUACCAGUUUAUCGGGCCCUUUGGAAUGGAUCAGAAGAGACAAAGUCUUUGGCAUUGGAGGUUUUCUCAGCCACCUCGAAUCAGCUUCACUUCAAUGUUUGCAAUUAUGUGAAAAAGAUAAUAGCUUGAACAUAAAUGAAUUCGGGAAAUAUAAGGGAACCAAUGUAUGCAAUUAUCUACUUCUGAAAGCACCCUGGUAUCUUAAAAUGAUGGUGCUUUCUGCAUUGAUAUAACAAUCUGUAUUAAUUAUUCAGGAAAUUGCUUCUACUUUUUUAGAAUUUGUGGAUUAGACUUUACUAAAUAAAAUUUCUUC